CGGUGGCUGCAGUCACAACAAGCUUUCGGUUUAAAAUGUGUUUUAGUAAUAUGAAAUUAAAAUAAAUGAAUUAAAUAUAAUAGGCAUCUGGAAAAAUUUACCACGAGCAAAGACGUCGCUUGAAGGACAAUGUCCAAACUGUGUGCAGUGUUUGGCGGUUCCAGGGGGAUCGGGAAGGCUGUUUCACAGUUGCUUGCACAGAAAGGGCACAGAGUGGUUGUCAUAGCAAGAGAUUUGGAUGCAGCACAAGCCACUGCCAGCACACUUGGAGCUGAUCACGUUGCUCUAAAAUGUGAUGUGUCAAAAGAACAGGAAAUCCAGCAAACAUUUGAGAAGAUUCAGACAAGUUUGGGUCACAUAAGCUACUUGGUGAAUGCUGCUGGUGUAAACAGGGAUGGCCUGUUACUGCGAAUAAAGACUGAAGAGAUGUUGACUCAUCUGCACACAAACCUCCUCGGAUCCAUGUUGACGUGCAAAUAUUCUUUAAGAGGCAUGCUACAGAACCAAGGGGGCGCCAUUGUAAAUUUAGGCAGCAUUGUUGGACUGAAAGGUAACGCUGGUCAGAGUGCAUACAGUGCCAGUAAAGCAGGGCUUGUGGGAUUCACACACUCUCUUGCUAAAGAAGUGGCUGGGAGGAAUAUUCGAGUGAACUUGGUUGCUCCAGGGUUUAUAAACACAGACAUGACUUCAGGUAUGGAUGAAGAGGGCUGGAGGAGAACCAUCCCCCUGGGUCGUUUUGGGGAGCCCAAAGAUGUGGCCCAUGCUAUCCUCUUCCUCCUCGAGUCUCCCUAUAUUACUGGGCAGGUGCUUGUUGUGGAUGGAGGACUUCAGCUCACAAUGUAACUCCCCCACCUCUGACUGCUUUUCAUGUGCAGCGCCUGGUUUUAUGAAAAUUAGUUUUCUAUUUAGCAACUAUAUCAAAGUGGAGAAUAGCUGUUAAAUGAUUUAAUUAGUACACUAUACCUUUAUAUAUACACACACACACACACACACACACACACACA